AUGGAUGUAUUAACUCAAUUCACAGCUAAUAAAACUUCAGCAUUAGCCAGUUUAAUCGAAGUUCACCCAACCAAAUUCAGUUCUAUUUUAAAAGAAGUUGAUGCUACUAAUGCUGCUUUAUCAUACAUUGAAAAAUUAUGGGCUUCUUAUUAUAUCUGGAUGGAUAAUGAUGUUUUAGCCACCGGUUUAUUAUUUUUCAUUGUUCAUGAAGUUAUGUAUUUCGGUAGAUGUUUACCAUGGUUUAUUAUUGAUAAUACCCCAUAUUUCAACAAAUACAAGAUUCAACCAACUAAGAUCCCAACUAAUCAAGAACAAUGGGAAUGUCUUAAAUCUGUCUUGAAACAACAUUUCUUGGUUGAAGCUUUACCAAUUUGGUUAUUCCAUCCAUUAUGUGCUACUUUAGGUAUUACUUUUGGUGUUCCAUUCCCAAGUUGGAAAAUUCAAGCUUUACAAAUCACAAUUUUCUUCAUUUGUGAAGAUUUCUGGCAUUAUGUUUUCCAUAGUAUUUUCCACUGGGGUUGGUUCUACAAAAAUAUUCACAAGAUUCAUCAUAAAUAUGCUGCUCCAUUUGGUUUAGCUGCUGAAUAUGCUCAUCCAGCUGAAGUCAUGGCUUUGGGUGUUGGUACUGUUGGUUUCCCAAUCUUGUAUGCUUACUUAGCUUCUGUUAAAGAAUCUAUUCCUCCAGUUCAUUUAUUUACUAUUACUUUAUGGGUUGUUUUAAGAUUAUUCCAAGCCGUUGAUUCUCAUUCUGGUUAUGAUUUCCCAUGGUCUUUAAAUAAAUUCUUCCCACUUUGGGCCGGUGCUGCUCAUCAUGAUGAACAUCAUCAUUAUUUCAUUGGUAACUAUGCUAGUUCUUUCAGUUUCUGGGAUUGGUUCUUAGGUACUGAAUGUGGUACUUUGGCUAAAAAGAGAAGAGAAAAGAACAGUCAAACUGCUGCUGAAAAGAACCAUAAAAAGAAUUUAUAG